AUGUCACACAGCCGUAUGCCGCCUCGUGCUAAUCACAAGUUUGCCGAAUAUGGAACACCAAUCAAAUUUCAUCCGUUGUCAGCGAGUGUGACUAGUUUACAUUCGGUUAUCAAUCCGGUACGUCCACAUAUG